UGGAGAGAAGGCUGCGACAAACCCGCCGCGGUCCCUUCAUCUAGGACUUCACAUCCGGGUUCUCCUGCCGCGUGACCCGCGCGCCACCGACGGUUCUCGAACCGGUGCAUCGUCAAUCUCUUUAUCCGGGUCCCGCCGAUCCCGUCGUGCUUCGCGCACCACAGUAGCCCCCUCAUCCGGGUUCUCUCCCGGCGUGCCUCGCGCCGGGUUUGCUGGGGGGUACUUGGCGGUGCCGCCAUGACUAUUCUCCCCAAAAAGAAGCCGCCGCCUCCCGACGCCGACCCCGCCAACGAACCGCCGCCGCCCGGGCCGCUGCCCCCGGCGCCGCGUCGCGGCGGGGGUGUGGGCGUGGGCGGCGGCGGCACGGGUGUGGGCGGUGGCGACCGCGACCGUGACUCGGGUGUCGUGGGGGCCCGUCCCCGGGCCUCGCCACCGCCUCAGGGCCCGCUACCGGGGCCACCGGGAGCGCUUCACCGCUGGGCGCUGGCCGUGCCGCCUGGCGCCGUGGCGGGUCCGCGGCCACAGCAGGCUUCACCUCCUCCUUGCGGGGGCCCUGUUGGUCCCGGCGGCGGUCCCGGCGACGCGCUGGGUGCAGCAGCGGCGGGUGUGGGCGCGGCGGGCGUGGUGGUGGGCGUGGGCGGAGCCGUAGGCGUUGGCGGUUGCUGUUCAGGGCCGGGCCACAGCAAGCGGCGGCGUCAAGCCCCCGGGGUCGGAGCGGUUGGAGGGGGCAGUCCAGAGCGUGAGGAGGUCGGCGCGGGUUAUAACAGUGAAGACGAGUAUGAAGCGGCUGCAGCUCGCAUCGAGGCUAUGGACCCCGCAACCGUUGAGCAGCAGGAGCACUGGUUUGAAAAGGCCCUGAGAGACAAGAAGGGCUUCAUCAUCAAGCAGAUGAAGGAGGACGGUGCCUGUCUCUUCCGGGCUGUAGCUGACCAGGUGUACGGAGACCAGGACAUGCAUGAGGUGGUGCGAAAGCAUUGCAUGGACUAUCUGAUGAAGAAUGCGGACUACUUCUCCAACUAUGUCACCGAGGACUUCACCACCUACAUCAACAGGAAAAGGAAAAACAACUGCCACGGCAACCACAUUGAGAUGCAGGCCAUGGCAGAGAUGUACAACCGGCCCGUGGAGGUGUACCAGUACAGCACAGGUACUUCUGCGGCGGAACCCAUCAACACAUUCCAUGGGAUCCAUCAAACCGAGGAUGAGCCCAUCCGCGUCAGCUACCAUCGGAAUAUCCACUACAAUUCAGUGGUGAAUCCCAACAAGGCCACCAUUGGUGUGGGGCUAGGCCUGCCAUCAUUCAAACCCGGGUUCGCAGAGCAGUCCCUGAUGAAGAAUGCCAUAAAAACAUCAGAGGAGUCAUGGAUUGAACAGCAAAUGCUGGAAGACAAGAAGCGGGCCACAGACUGGGAGGCCACAAAUGAGGCCAUUGAGGAGCAGGUGGCUCGAGAAUCCUACCUGCAGUGGCUGCGGGAUCAGGAGAAACAGGCCCGCCAGGUCCGCGGCCCAAGCCAGCCGCGGAAGGCCAGUGCCACAUGCAGUUCCGCCACAGCAGCAGCCUCCAGUGGCCUGGAGGAGUGGACCAGCCGGUCCCCGCGGCAGCGGAGUUCAGCCUCUUCACCUGAGCACCCGGAGCUGCACGCCGAGCUGGGCAUCAAGCCCCCUUCCCCAGGCACUGUCUUAGCUCUUGCCAAACCUCCUUCGCCCUGUGCACCAGGUACAAGCAGCCAGUUCUCAGCAGGGGCCGACCGGGCUACUUCCCCCCUCGUGUCCCUCUACCCUGCUCUGGAGUGCCGGGCCCUCAUUCAGCAGAUGUCCCCCUCCGCCUUUGGUCUGAACGACUGGGAUGAUGACGAGAUCCUAGCAUCGGUGCUGGCAGUAUCCCAACAGGAAUACCUAGACAGUAUGAAGAAAAACAAAAUGCACAGAGAUCCACCCCCAGACAAGAGUUGAUGGAGACCCAGAGACUGGAGACCAUCUCCCGACCCCCACCACUCCUGCCCUCUGGUGCCGCCCCACCUUCUUUGGCUUUCUUCCCUCUUGCCUUCUUCCCUCUCUCCCCUCCUUUUGCUCCUCCCCACUUCCCUCUGGCUGGCCCAUCCCUGAGCCCCCUCUCAUCGCUGCUGCCACCACCACCAUCACCCGUCUCUUCGCCAGCUGACGUGCCCUGUUGCCCCCUGCACAGCAUCAUCCCUGCAUUCCACAGGGGACUUGGGCAAGGGUGCCGAAGGUAGGCGAGAGGCACACAGAGACAGAACAACUGGCAGCCAGGCAGCCCCCGAGGAGAGACACUCAGACAGAGGAAAGUUUCCCUGCCCCCCCAUUACUUCUAAGAUCAGAAAUACUUGUCACCCCACCUCCACAAUGACGUUGGGGAGGUGGGAGGAAGAAGUGGGAAUCCCCCCUUCCCAGUACCCCCAAGAAUGUCUGAGCCUUCAAUGUUGAAUUUUUUCUUUAUUAAAAUGUACUUUCAUCAACUCAACCAAUCCAAAAUGAUGUAGACAACAGCAUUGGCUCUGUGAAGGCGGCAUCUCUCUGGUUUGGGAGCAGGCAGGCCACGGGGCACAGAGGGGGCACAAAGACGUGGUUGCCGUCUCUAGCCUCCAGCUCUGCGGAGGAGGGCAGGGUCUAGAGUACAAGCGGGGGCAGGGGGUAGGUGUCCUGUGGGCUCUGGACAAUGAGACUCUGACCUCGCUGCAUUCCUACUGCUUCCACGCCACCGCCACCGGUCUCUUUGGAGUCUUGGGGUGGGGGGCACCUUUCAGGAUCGUGGCUGCUGCCACCCAGGAUUUGAGUGUGGGGAGUGGGAGCAGCCUCAGCAGAUGGGGCACCCGGGCCCUGCAGGUGUUGACAAGAUCCACCAUCUGUAAUGUCCUUGGCACAAUAAAACCAAAUGUCAGUUUCCCCUGAGCGCUUCUGUUCUGUGUGGGGCACGGGGUGGGUGGGCCUCUGGGCAGAGGCGGCGAUGGCAUAGGCCUUGGCUUGACCUCUGAGGGCUGCAUGCUCUCCAGUAGGGUCUGUGUGUGGGCCCAGAGUUUGUUCAUCUUUGAAUCACUGCUUACUAAACCAACUUCUGGACCUGUUCCCACCAAGUAAGCUCCAUCUUACUGGCACACGUAGCCUGCCCAGCCUGUGUCCUGGGGUGUGGUGGGAGCGGAGGACUAGGAGCUUGAGGGCUGGAACUGAACUUGCAACUUUUUUGCCUGCCUCCUUCCCUAUAUACGUUUGCCCUUCCCUUGUGAUCUUUGAUGCAGAAAUGCUUUGGAAAGGCACAACAGAUGCUUCUUAUCAACGUAAGUUUAGUGGAAUCGACUGGAGGGGCCUCCCUGGUUUAACUACGGAAUGGUUAAACCCUUUCUUGUUCAUGUUCUCAGUCGUCUGACACCCAUGCCCCUGCCUUUCCUUGGGGUAAAGCCAAAGCAGAGAAGGAUGGCUGGCCCCCAGGUCUUGCCAAAAGUGUGUUUUGCUGUUCCUCACCAAUGGGGUCCCUAUGGAAGGAUGCAUGCCCAGUGCUGCUGGUGAAGGCAUGGCUGGUUGAGUGGCCAUCUUGUGGGGUGUCUGUGGAAUCCACUGGUCAAGCGUGCACAUGUUGG